AUGGGCAAUAGUAAAGAAAGGCAGUAUGGUGAACUCCUGUCCAAAGAGAUUGCCAGAGGUUAUGUUCAGAUGGACUGGUUUUCCAUUGUGAUGGACUCUUCAGGCCUACAGACGCUCAAGGGCUCUUCACAUCGCAGGAGGAAGGCCACAGCCCCAGAGCAAGCCCCUGCACCACCACGGCCAUACCAGGGUGUUCGAGUCAAGGAGCCAGUGAAGGAGCUACUGAGAAGAAAGCGUGGCCAUGCCAACAGUGGGACAGCUGGCCCACCUACUGCGGUGGUGCUGCCCCACCAGCCCCUGGCAACCUACAGCACAGUGGGUCCUUCCUGCCUUGACAUGGAUGUUUCUGCUUCCACAGUAACAGAGGAGGGGACAUUGUGUGCUGGCUGGCUUUCCCAGCCUGCCCCAGCCACCUUUCAGCCCUUGACUUCAUGGACACCCUACACGGAGUAUGUGUCCCACGAAGCUGUCAGCUGCCCCUACUCAGCUGACAUGUAUGUGCAGCCGGUGUGCCCCAGCUAUACAGUGGUGGGACCCUCCUCGGUGCUGACCUAUGCUUCCCCUCCACUCAUUACUAAUGUCACGCCAAGAAGCACUGCUACACCUGCCGUGGGACCCCAGCUGGAGGGCCCAGAGCACCAGGCACCCCUCACCUAUUUCCCGUGGCCUCAGCCCCUUUCCACACUGCCUGCCUCCAGUCUGCAGUACCAGCCUCCAGCCCCAGCCCUGUCUGGUCCCCAGUUUGUCCAGCUUCCCAUCUCUAUCUCAGAGCCAGUCCUUCAGGACAUGGAUGACCCCAGAAGGGCCAUCAGCUCCCUGACCAUUGACAAGCUGCUUUUGGAGGAAGAGGAAAGCAACACAUAUGAGCUCAACCACACCCUCUCUGUGGAGGGCUUUUAGGGAUGCCUUGCAUCCAACAGCCCUUUCCCUCGAAACUGAGAUUUCAAAUGAGCCCAGAUGGAGCCUAGACUCCUGUUUGAAACGGCUCUUCCAUAGGUACCCUUUCUGCCCAAAGUUGAAUUGUAUUCUUUCCUUUCUCUACCCCCACAUCUCCCUCCUUUCUUAUUUCUUUGUCCAGUUUUCUUCCUCUGGAGGGGGAAUUAUAGUGAUAUGAUGAACAAAAUCUUAUACUGAAUGUCACCAAGUCUGCAGCUCAGAGUUUCCCUUUGCUGUCAUAUCAUCAGAGAAGUGCCCUUCUCUCAGGUGCCCCUGGCUUUCUGGUAGCAUUAUAGAUCUACUCUAAGAUCACUUACACUCUCUGCCAUUCUAAAAUGCACAGGGUCCCACAGGGACACCAAAGCCACCAGCACCUCCCUGCUGAGUCAGCCAAGGACAGAUGCUCUCAGAUCCCACAGUUCUGUUUUGUGUUGUUUGCUCUUCCCAGCCUUGGCUAGUCUGAGCAGGUUAGAGGGGCUGAUUAGAGGGGGUGGGACAGGACUAUCAGGCUGGAUAGGGAUGGUCAGUAGAUGAUGGGAGAUCCGGCUGAGGAGGAGCAGAAUCAUACAUGUAGUGUGUCUGUGGUUAGAGAGCUAGUGAGGAAGGGGAGACUGAGGAGUGAUCUAACUCCAUCUGCAACCGACUUUGAAAAGAAUGCCACUUUAACUUGGUUCAGCUGGUCUUCUCCCCAGUAAUUGUGAGCAAAGCUGGGUGUGGUCAUUAAGAUAAUGAUGAGUCCAUCUGUUUCAGCCUGGGCUGCAGGCCCUCUAACACCAUGCCAGCACUUAAAUUGCCUUUGUCAAGGUAUUGUCAUAGCAACAGGAAAAGAAACAGGUGUUCCCGGAAGCCCAACAGUGAGGAGGGUAUCCAUUUAGUCCUUCCAUGUGGGCUUUUUUUUUUUUUUUUUUUUUUUCAAAUCGUGAAUCAUCCAUCAGCCACCAUGAAGUGGCACCAAGGGCUCUUUCAUCCAAGGACCAUCCUCCUCAGUGUUCUAGCGUCCCAGUCAGCAGGCCAAUUAGGUUUCAUUUCAAUUUUUGUUUUAUUUUUGCUGGAGAAGCAAAACAUUUGCUAUAGAGCGUUUUGCUGUUUCCGGGGCAUUCUGCUCCUGAAUUAGAUGUGCCUUGGGGCUUGGCAGGCAAUUUGCUAAUGGUGCCAUCACCACAUGGACACACUUUAGUCUGUAGAAUCCAUGUUAGAGGUAAUAGACAUUUCCUGAAAAUGACAGUUUCUUUGAUACUCCACCCCCUUUUUGUUUCCAUUUUCAAUGAAAACUCAGAGAAAGCCAUCUGUCUUUUUUUUUUUUCAUGCUUUGUGUUUAUUUUGACUCAGAUUUCUCAGUAUCUAUCUAAAAUCCUGGUGUGCUCAUCUUGAAUUAUUUGUAUUCCUCCUUAAUAUUUAGACUAAAUGAAUGUUAGAUUCUAGAUGAUAAGUUUACACUUGCAUUGGUAGUUACUGUAAACAAGAAGGGAGGGGGAUGCCCUGGCCUAUUUAGUUAAGGCCCUGUUGCACAGAAAAACACUAUUCAAGAUUUUCCAGCUACUUGAGGGUUUGAGAAGAGGCAGGAGUGGCAUUGACAAAGGAGUUAAUGCUGGGAAACAAACAGCAAAGAAAGCAGUGUGAGCAUUUGCUAGGGUUGAACUGGUAUCUUUCCCCUUCUUAUCUUGAGACCUUAAGUCUUAGCUGCAGGCAUCCACCAGAUCUCCUUCCAAGUUAUUCUACUCAGAUGCACCAUUUUAAAUAAA